AUGCGUCUCUCAACGAUUUUAGUGGCUACAAGCCUUGCCCUUUCUGCUCAAGCAUCCUGGUUUAGCGGCUCCUCUUCGGAGGACCCAGCCUACUCGUCCUGGAAUUCCAAUGAACUUCGCGCAUGGCUGGAGGUUCACAAUGUCCCACUUCCAUCGCAUACACCAUCACAUUCAGAACUCAGAGAUCUCGUUGCUGAGAACUGGAACACAGCCUCUGCAUGGUCAUACGACCAAUACGCAUCGGCCCAAAAAUCGUUUUCGGACUUGCGAGAAAACGCCUUCGAGACUUGGGACGAUUCCAGAUUGAGAGAAUUUCUGCUUAGACAUGGCGUGGUCUCAGCUAAAGGACCUCGUGAACACCUCGUUCUCCUCGCGAAACAAAAGUACUUGGCCUACAACAAAGCUGCAAGCUCGUUUGCUUCUCAAGCUGGUGCCAGUGCUAGCACAGCCGUUUAUGGUGACACCCCGCAUCAGAUGUCGAAGAGUAUCUCAAGCGUCGCAUCUCAGGCUACCGCUGCUGCUGCGCAGGCAUCUCAUGAAGUCGCACGUCAGCUCGACAACACCAAAGAUUAUAUCUACUCCUCUUGGUCAGACAAUGAAUUGCGAACUUGGCUUGAGAAAAAGGGCGUCAUCAAAACCAAGAGUCAGCUUCGCCGAGAAGAAUUGCUGCAGAAAAUGCACGACGCUUACGCUUCGGUUGCUGACCCUGUCUGGGAAGCAUGGAGUGACUCUUACAUGCACGAUUGGCUUCUUUCCCAUCACAUCAUCAAAUCCGACUACGAAAAGAACAGAGACAAUCUCGUCAAGCAGAUGAAGAAGUAUUAUUACAACACUUCGGACUCGGUGUAUUCCACCUGGACCGAUUCCCAACUGAAACAAUGGCUUGUUCAGCACGGUAUCAUGAAGAGUGAUGCACAGGCUUCGCGAGAUAAAAUGCUUCAGAUGGUCGAGACUAACUAUCUCUCAGCCAAAGAUACAUUCUGGUCUGCGUGGUCAGAUCACAGUCUUCGGGAUUGGCUUGUCGAACACGGUUACAUGCGCUCCGACGCCCAAGUCAAGCGCGAUGAGCUUAUAAAGUUGGCCAACGACAAAUAUACAGACCAAGUUGCAAAGACCGCCUCUUAUUUGACAUGGUCUGAUGCCCGCCUUCGUGCCUAUCUUCGAGAGCAAGGAGUCGAUGAUCACAUGCUGCCUACCACCCGUCCUGGACUCCUUCAGGAGACUCGAAUCCGAUGGAUCCAAACCCAUACUCAUGCCGAGAAUAUGAUCGCUAAAAUCAAGGAAAUUGUCAACUCUGGAAUCUACAAAGCGGAAGAUAUCCUCGUCCAUCUUUACCACUUGCUCAGCGGCGGAUGGGAAGAAACCAAGGGCAAGGCGGAUAGCACAAAGCGUUCUGCGGAGAACACUUACGAUCAUGCUAAACAUCAAGGUGCAAUGGGUUACGAAAAUGUGAAGAAAAGUGCUCAGCAGGGAUGGGAGGACACGAAGGACGCUGUUGAUGAUAGAUGGGAAGAAACAAAGAACAGAGCUGACUGGGCGAAAGACUGGACAAAGGAAAGCGCCGAGGACGUGAGACAAAAUGUCGGGGAGAAGGUGAAAGUUGGAGGGCAAAAGAUUAAAGGAGAGCUAUGA